AUGGACCAGCAGACAGCAGACGUCCUCGCCGCCUUCCCGCAGCUCUACGACGUCGACAGGCGCUUCACACCCGCGCUGUGGAGCUAUGUCCCGUACGCGAUCCGCCCGUCACCGCAGGCAGUGGAGGCGCAGCGCCCAUCCUUCCACGCCCCAGGUGUCAGCCUCAACGCCUACCGCGACGCCUGUGAGCAGUGCAAACUUGGCCGCAAGUUUUGCCUCACGACACAUGGGACUGCGCCGCCAUGUAAUACGUGCUUCGAGUCAUACUCGUUCUGCAACUUUGCGGGCGGGUUGCUGCCGGCGCCGUCCAUGGAAUUUCAGCCACUGAUGGGCGGCAUGACGUUCGAGCCGCAGGCCCAGUUGUUCCUCCCCACCCCGGCUGCACCGAGCCACCCCACGUUCUGGACAGGCAACGGUUUCAUGCCUCCUGCGGUGGGACACGUGUUCCCUGGUCCGCAACAAGCAAGUUUCGGCGUCCAGGACGACCUCGCGGCUGUACUGGGGUUCGACCCGGCACUGCUGGAAGUCUUGGAUCCGCAGCCGCUUCCGAGUGCACAGACUCCACAGUUUGUCGGGCCGACUCCACCGGUCGUGACCCCAGCUCCCAUGGUUGUUGUGCCACCUGCCGUGGUUGCAACCCCAGCCCCUAUGGUUGUUUCUCAGCCCCCUCCGGUUAUCACACCAAACCCUGUGACCGAAGUGGACGAGGACGACACCGACGACGACGCUGAGGGCGAGGAGGAAGAGGAAGAGGACGCUGAGGGCGAAGACGAUGACGACGGGGACGACGAGACCGACGACGAAGACGCCAGUGACGGAGUAUCACCAUCACCGUCCAUCCCACCUCCGUACCCAACCCCUGCGUCCAGCCGCCAGGUGAGCGCGGCAAGCACGUACAGCACGACGAGCCUCGACUCGCAGCACACCGCGACACCAGCCUACGCGACUCCAUAUACACCCCCUAGCGCGCCGCCACAGCCAACGCAGUCGUUUCAGGCCGACCUCGUUGCCCUCCUCAGCCGUCUGCACCCCGCGAGCGCGGCGGGCCGCGUCUCCAUCUUGCAGACAUACGUCACGGGCAUUAUCCCGAACACUGCCGACGGCAGACGUGCUGCAGCGGCGCUAGACGAGCUGGUCUUCAUGCUCCAGAAACGCGCGGCACACGCGCUCCUCACCGCGCUGAUCGCCUACCACGCCACAGGCAGCUUUGGGGCCAACCCCGCCGUGUCGGAGCGCCUGGUGCUCCAGGCCGCAGCGGUGAGCGAUGCGGACCGGCUGCAUGCGCUGGAACAGAUCAUGCCUUCCAAGCUCAUGUUUGGGUCGAGUCCCGUGCCGAAAGACUGGACUACCGCCAAGGCCGCGCGCAGAGUCGACGCGCUCAUGGCUCACCUCGCGCCCGUUGGCAAGCGCGUCGUGAUCGGCGCAUUCAUUGACCUAAUCUUUGCCCGAGCCGACGCACACCGCGCCACAAUGGAGGGGUAG